GAUUCCUCUGUCCGAGUGUAACUCUCCCCCUCCUCACAUUUUAUUUUCCCUUUUAUAAGUUCUGUCACAUCAAAUCUUUUUUACCUAAUCAACAACAAUAAUAAUCACCCAACUUCUUCUUAUAUAGUAUCUAAUGCCCCUUUCUCUGUCUAUCCUUCACAAAACUUUCUCUUCUAUACUUUAGUGAUAGUAACUCUACUCCUUUCGUUCUCUUCCCCCCCUUGACCUUGAAGAUGGAUUGGGGUUUGGUUUCAAAAGAUACAACCUGGUGGGUUUUUACUUUUCCAGCUUUCUUUGGAUCCAAAAGCCUGCUCGAUGUGUAUAUUUUGUUCUCUCUCUUUACGGCUUUUCUGUCUCUUGCUCUUCUUACAUGGGCUUUUACUGUUGGUGGAAUUGCAUGGAAGAAUGGAAGGAACCAAAAAGGCAGACUCUCUAUUCCUGGUCCUAAGGGUCUCCCUGUAUUUGGUAGCCUCUUUACUUUGAGUCGCGGCUUGGCUCACCGUUCUCUUGCCUCCAUGGCUUGGACCCGAGCCAACACUAAGCUCAUGGCUUUUAGCCUCGGUUCCACCCCUGUUGUUGUAGCUUCUGAUCCCCACACUGCUCGAGAAAUCUUGACCUCUCCUCACUUCGCUGACCGACCCGUCAAGCAGUCUGCUAAGAGCCUUAUGUUCAGCCGAGCUAUAGGGUUCGCUCCCAAUGGAACCUAUUGGCGGCUUUUGAGAAGAAUAGCUUCGUCCCACCUCUUUGCACCAACGCGCAUAAUAGCACACGAAGCCGGUCGCCAACUAGACUGCACAAUCAUGCUGCGCGACAUAGCAAAUGAACAAAAUCUCCAAGGCUUUGUUUCCUUAAGAAAACACCUUCAGUUUGCUGCUUUGAACAAUAUUAUGGGAAGUGUUUUUGGCAAAAGAUAUGACCAGAAAAAUAAUAAUAAAGAACUGGACGAGCUUAGGGAUAUGGUGAAGGAAGGGUUUGAACUCUUGGGAGCUUUUAACUGGUCCGAUUAUUUGCCAUGGCUAAGUUAUUUUUAUGACCCGUUUCGCAUCAAUCAACGUUGCUUGAAACUCGUUCCCCGAGUUAGGAAACUCGUCAAAGGCAUCAUCGAACAACACCAGCAACUCCGUGAGUCCAAAAAACUGUCUGAUAAUGCUGACUUUGUAGAUGUUUUGCUUUCUCUUGAUGGCGAAGAGAAACUCCAAGAAGAUGACAUGAUUGCUGUUUUGUGGGAAAUGAUUUUUAGAGGGACUGAUACGACUGCUUUGUUAACCGAGUGGGUCAUGGCUGAGUUGGUGUUGCACCCGGAAGUACAAGUCAAGCUACAACUUGAGAUUGACAGUGCGGCGACAAACAAGACCCUCACCGACGCUGACGUAGCAAAAUUACCUUACCUUCAGGCGGUGGUCAAAGAAACCCUACGGAUCCACCCCCCAGGGCCACUCCUUUCGUGGGCCAGGCUAUCCACGUCAGACGUCCAGCUCAGCAACGGGAUGGUGGUUCCCGCCAACACAACCGCCAUGGUGAACAUGUGGGCCAUAACACAUGACCCGCACGUAUGGGAAGAGCCACUCGAGUUCAAGCCGGAGAGGUUCUUGGAAGCUGACGUGGACGUCAGAGGCGGUGACUUGAGGCUCGCACCCUUCGGAGCUGGGCGAAGGGUUUGCCCUGGGAAGAACCUUGGGCUCGUCACGGUCAACCUUUGGGUGGCCAAGUUGGUGCAUCAUUUCAACUGGGUCGAGGAUUCGGCUCGUCACCCAGUUGAUUUGAGCGAGGUUUUGAAGUUGUCAUGUGAGAUGAAGUUUCCUUUGCAUGCUCUUGCUGUGCAAAGAGAUGGUAGUGUUUUGCCUUAGCUGCUAAUAGUCUAGUUAGGGUGUUAGUUUUCCCCUUUCUUAGGGUCUAAUUAUGACUAAUAUAUCAUAUAUGGUGUGCUUUUCUUAAGUUAUCUUAAGGUUGGAUUUAUGUGGAACCUGUAUAUGCAGUAUAGUGUUAAUUUUUGUUUUUAAAUGUUCUAAGGGUAGUGACAUGUAGGGGGCUCCAGUUUUGG